AUGAAAAUGGCAAGUUCCUUAGAUUCCCUUCUUCUCGACCUCCUUGUCUGCCUCGUCCUGGUCCAACUGUUUACCCCAUGCUCAGCUCAGAUUUCUGUGAUUGGACACCCUGAGCCCAUCCUGGCCAUGGUGGGUAAAGAUGCUGAUCUGCCCUGCCAUCUGUCGCCGAAGAUGAGCUUGGAGACCAUGGAGCUGAUGUGGGUGAGAUCCAGCCUUAGGCAGGUGGUAUACAUGUAUGCAAAUGGGCAGGAAGUAGAAGACAUACAGAUGGCAGAGUAUCGAGGGAGAACUUCGAUUUUAAGAGAUGGCAUCACUGAAGGGAAGUCUACUCUCCGAAUUUACAAUGUCACAGCCUUUGACAAUGGAAACUAUGUGUGUCAUUUCAAAGAGGGCAACUUCUCUGAAAAAGCCAAUGUGGAGCUGAAGGUUGCAGCGCUGGGUUCUGAUUUUCACAUUGAAAUGAAGGGUUACAAGGAUGGAGGGAUCCAUCUGGAUUGCAUGUCCACUGGCUGGUAUCCUCAGCCCCAAAUACAGUGGAGAGAUGCCAAAGGAGAAAACAUGUCAUCUGUGUCAGCACCUUUGGAGUUGGAUCGUGCAGGUCUGUAUGCAGUCAUGGCAUCUGUGAUCAUGAAAGGCAGCUCUGAGGAAGGGGUAUCCUGUAUCAUCAGAAAUCCCCUCCUCAGACAGGAAAACACAGCCUGGAUUUCCAUUGCAGAUCCCUUCUUCUGGAGGGCCAAGCCCUGGAUAGCAGCCUUUUCGGGGACUCUGCCCAUCAUGCUGCUGCUUCUCGCAGGGGCAGGUUACUUCCUGUGGCAACAACAGAAGGAAAAAGAGACACUGUUUCAGGAGAAAGAGAGAGAGAGAGUGGAAAAGGAAACAGCACGUACAGAAAAGGCACAGGAACAAAUAACAAGAGAGAAGCUGCUGCAUGAAUUCAAGUGGCUACAGUGGCUCAGUUGUGGAGAGAAGGCUCAGGCCUAUGCUGAAUGGAAGAUGGCCCUCUUCCAAGCUGCGGAUGUGAUUCUGGAUCCAGACACAGCAAACCCCAUGCUCCGUAUAUCAGAGGACCUGAGGAGCCUAAACCUGGCAAAUGAACCGCAGAAUGUUCCAGAGAAUCCUAAGAGAUUCGAUUUGCAUAACUUUGUGCUUGGCUGCAAGAACUUCACAUCAGGAAGACAUUUUUGGGAGGUGCAGGUGGGGUACAGGAAAGAGUGGUAUGUCGGGGUGUGUAGGGAGAACGUGGAGAGGAAAAACCCAGUUUAUAUAGCACCUGAGUAUGGAUUCUGGAUUAUGAGGGUGCAUAAUGGGAAUGAUUAUUGGGCUUUCACUGAGCCCCGGAUGAACCUGACAAUUGCAAACCCUCCUCAAAGACUGGGAGUUUUCCUGGACUAUGAGACUGGAGAGAUCUCAUUCUACAAUGCCGUGGAUGGAUCUCAUAUCUAUACCUUCCCACACAGCUCCUUUUCUGGGCCUCUGUGGCCUAUUUUCGGUAUUCAGAAAUGGGAUCCCACUGCCUUGACUAUUUGCCCAGGUUGACCUGUGCAGGGUUCCCUUCUUCCUGACCUAGUGUCUGACCUUUCCCUGGAGACCCCAGUGAUCCUGGACUCUGCUAAUGGGAAUGGGGACCCUGAGGCUGAAGUAACAUUUUUGCUUCUCUCUUCCCAGCCUGGAGCUGAGGGCCUCUUCCUUAACAGCAACACAUCACAACAAUAA